UAAUGUACAAUAACAUUCGUAUACCUAUGACACGUAAAUUAAAAUUGUUUUUUUCAAUCCUAUGAAUUUCGUAUCGCUUUGUAUCGUCGUAAAUUCAGUCAUUAUCGACGAUUAUAAAGCGGUCGGAAUAGGUUAUUAAGAUAAACAGACCGCGGACGUAUUCGGAAUCUCCAACAUACGCAUAUUAUUCGCUGUUAUCUGUUGGAGGCCUUAAACAUGUCGAAGUUUGUGAAAUUUGCAACUCUUAGGUCUACCACAGAUUGUACGUUUUGGGCAAAAUUUGCAGAAUUGAAAAUAGAUAAAUUCAAAUUGGAUGAGAAAGCAAUGAUUAAUUUAUGGGGAAUUUAUAGCCUCGAGUCUUUAAACGAGGAGAAUACUAAUCCAUUGAUAAUGGAUUGUACGUCUUUCAACGAAGACACAGAAACGUUCAGUCAUAAUUCAUCUGUGGUUUGUUUGGGGCAUAUGAUCAAUACCAACACCUUUGAAGCGUUUCGAAAGAUAGAUCCUGAGAAACUCAUUGAUUCAAUGGGAAAGGAUAUAAUUCACAGCAUUCGAGAUGGUUCUAUAUUACAGAAACCUUGGAAACUCUCGUUAUUUUUAGUAGUAGCUUAUUCAGAUUUGAAAAAAUACAGAUUUCAUUAUUGGGUUGCUCAUCCUACUCCUUUAAAAUUGCCUGAAAUGUACUACGAAGAGAUUCCGAAACCAAUUAACCAGGAAUUUACUAAUAAUUCGGAUGACCUAUGCAGAGGCUUUCUACGAUUAGACAGCAGAUCAAAAAAUUAUUUUGCAAUCUUAAUAUCUAAAGAAGAUCAAAUGAGCAUCGUUGAUUUAGCCACAGGAAUCAAUACGCUUGAGACGAAUAAAGUUGAUUCAAAUGGAUCACAGGAAUACAAGGAACUUUACUUUGCAUUUUACGACCCUUGUACAACCGCAGAACCUGGAUGGCCAUUACGUAAUUUACUAUGUUUAUUAUUAUGGCAUUGUCCUACGUAUUGUUUCACAAAAAUUAUUAAAGUAAUAUCCAUACGAGGAAACAAGGCCCAGAAUAGCAUCGUCUUUAAAUUAAAGACAAAAGAGUAUGAAGAUUCGAAGAAAAUCAGAAACGAUGUAUUUGGAUGUUCGUUGGUUGGUUGGGAAAGAAACGCAGCUGGUAAAAUGGGCCCUACUAUUGUAGAUCUAUCGCAUACCAUGGACCCAGCCAAAUUAUCAGACAGAGCUAUCAACCUGAACUUAAAAUUAAUGAAAUGGCGUCUUGUACCAGAUUUAGAUCUAGAAAAGGUUAGUAAUCUUAGGUGCCUUCUAUUGGGUGCUGGCACUUUGGGUUGUGCGGUAUCGAGAAUCCUUCUUGGUUGGGGAGUGAACAGCAUAACUUUUGUUGAUAGCUCGAACGUUUCUCACAGUAACACAGUAAGACAAAGUUUGUACACUCAUGAGGAUGCUGUGAAACAUAAGCACAAGGCUCAUGCAGCUAGAGACGCUUUGCUUAAUAUAAGACCAAGUAUGAACGCGGAAGGUGUAGUCCUCCAUAUUCCAAUGCCCGGACACGUCGUUGGUAAAAGCAUGAUGGCCUCUACGAUAACGUCAUUGGUACAAUUAGAGGAACUCGUCGAGAAGAGCGACGUGGUAUUUCUUUUACUGGAUUCUCGCGAAGCUAGGUGGUUGCCCACUGUUUUGUGCGCGGCGAAGAAUAAAAUUGCGAUCAACGCAGCUUUAGGCUUUGAUUCUUACACCGUCCAGAGGCACGGUCCUCGGAACCUUACGGUUCCAUCUUCUCCAGACUUGGACACAAAACAUCCUUGCGGUUCAGAUCUUGGUUGUUACUUCUGUAACGAUGUAACGCAGCCUGGAAACUCGCAAACCGAUAGAACUCUAGACCAGCAGUGCACAGUUAGCAGACCAGGUUUGUCACAAAUUGCUGCAGGAUUGGCGGUUGAAUUACUGAUAGCUGUAACGCAGCAUCCUCAAGGCAUCGAGGCUGGAGCGUUAGUGGGCAACAGCAGGGACAGUAUUACUCAGAAUGAUACCGAAUUAGUCGGUCUGUUGGGAUGUGUACCGCAUACGAUACGCGGUUCUCUAUGGAAUUACGAUACACAGUUGACGAUUACACACAGGUUUACCGCGUGUACCGCGUGUUCCGUCCCUGUUAUCAUGGAAUAUAAAAAUCGCGGUUUUCCGUUCGUAUUGGACGCGUGUAAUAUUCCAAACUAUUUGGAGAAGUUAUCUGGUUUGGAACUGAUAUUGAAGAGACCCGAUUUAGAGGAUCUUUGCUACGCGUUGGACAACAUAAGCGACGACGAAGAAGAGAAAAAAGAUGAUACGUCUUGAAAAAAAGAAAUUUAUCAUCGCUUGUACACAUUUUACUUUGGACGAAGAUGCGUUUGUUACAUGUAUAAUAGAUUAAGGUAAUCAUUACGCGCCGCGUAAUCGAAUAAUAUGUAUUAUAAUACCAUUGGUAGUCUAGAAUUUGUAUAAUUGAAUUUGAUACUCGACAUUUAUUGUAAUUGUCCUUUUCUUUUUUAUAGUAAGAUUGACACUCGACAUAUGCCUUUGUAAAGUAUAAUCUUCAGAUCAAUUUAUUAUUACAGUCAUUCAUUAUUAUUAAAUGCCUUUCAAUCUCGUUUUUAACGUUCGGAUAACGCAAGCAAGAUACAGAUUAAUAAAUGUUAAUAAACACAGUGGUUGUCUAUGGUA